AUGAAACCAGUUAUAGAUCAAAAUGGAAAGGAAAAAAAUGAUGUGGUAGUUCUAAACGAUUGUAUUAAAUAUAAUCAUAAUAGCUCAUACAUUAGAAUACAAAAAGUCAUGGAUGAUAUGCCAGAAUAUAAAAUAUCUUUUUUUAGAGACUCGGGGUGUUCUAGUUUAAGAGAAUAUUACAAUUUUACAUGCCCAGAGCAUGGUAAAAAAGGAAUUAUUAGUCCCAUAAUGGAUGUAUAUUGUUUUAAUAGUUCCUAUCUACCUUUUAGUUAUUUUACAGUUACAGUCCAAAAUACGACCUGCCCCACAUUUAAUAUUAGUUUAAAUAGCAAUAUUACAUCAUCUUGUCCUAAUUAUCAAUAUUUUAGAGCAACCCCGGUGGAGCCAUUUUUUAAUUAUUUUACCAUAACUUAUUUCCAUAAUAAUAAAAAAAAUUAUUUAUCUUUUAUGUGUACAAGACAAGGGGUUUCUGUUUUUUCUAUCGGGCAAGAAAAUAUUAUGAAUAUAAUUUGUGGUUUUACUGAAAUUGUAUUAGAAACAGAAGAGCCAAUACCUCUGGAUUCAAGGUCAUCAAAAUUAACAAAUGAAAAAAUAAUUUUAACAUUGGUUUUAAUACUAUCAAUUUUUACAUUUAUACCAAUGUGA